UUAGCUCGCCUCCGCACGGCAUUGCUCACUUCCUCUGCAUUACCGGGCGUGAUAGGCGUAGCAGGUGCUGGAGGAGGGGUGCUUGUAUCCAUCUCUACUGUCAUAUCUUUCCGACCGUCAUGUAUGCGCGUGUCCUGUUGCUCUGGCUCGAAUUGCUCCAGCGGUUCAUGAUCUUGAUCUUCGAACUUGUUUCUGGUUCGCAAUGGCGAAUGCUGCAAGCUUGUGAGAGCGUGCGACGACUGUAUGGACAUGUGCGCUGAUUGCGCAAGCGGCGGCGGGAUCGGCAUCACUGGUGCUGGUAGCACCAACGGAGGCAGUGUCGGCAUGGGUAGCUGUGUAUGUGCCUGCUCCGGCAUUGGUAUCGGUAUAGGUAUCGGUAUCGGUGCAGGGACAGCAGGUUGAGGUUGAGCGCGUCGAGCGUCGAGCGUAGCGUCAUGUUGCAGUGUCGCGUUCAUCUUUGCCCGCCGUUCAUCCUCCUCCAAACUCUUCAGUUUCAACAAGAUGUCCCGCUCGCUCGCUUGCUGCGGUAAGCCCGCACAUUGUCGGAGAUACGCAAGGAGACGGUCCGCUUCGCCAAACGCGAGUCUAAUCGGCGUUGCCUGUGGGUCGGCCAAAGGAUCCCAGUGUACUCUUGCCCUCAGGGGUUGGACGUCAUAGCAUACCCACGCUUGCCCUCCUUGCCAUUCCGGUACGGUGCGUAAUCGUCCUAUUGGAUGCGCGCUGGAGUGUAGGGGAAAGAAGAGCUGUGGCGUGAAAGAAGAGGAAGAGGAGGAGGGGGGUAGGGAACGAAGGAUAGGUAGGAGGUGAAACGUGUUCCACGAAGUGAGGUCGUAUUCGCUCUCUCUUCCCGUCUCUAUCUCCCCUCUCCCACUCCUCACCACGCUCGGUUGUCCGACCAGCUCCCUCACCUUGUCUACCCUCUCCCUACUCCCAGAUGCACCGCCCCAGACGACACAAGCGACAGUGUGGGACUGACAGUGGACAUGGGGUCUCCAUGGUUCGAGGGUGCGUGCUGUGACGAGUGUGCCGCGGGUGAUGCGGGUGUCGACGGACGCUGUCCAGUUCAUGAGAACAUAGUGCUGUUGUGGUUGGGG